CCUGGGAAAAGGCGCUCGGGCGGGAUUACGAAGCUGGGCCGGCGAGUUUGCAGGGAAGCUGACGGGUGGGGCUCUUUGAGUAGUGCUGUGCGCGUGGCCGGGACUCCGCCGGGGCGCCCCGAGCUGGGCGCGGGGGAAAUCCCAAGCGGGACCAUCGGUUUAACACUUGAAGAUGAGACAAUUUGAUCUUUGUUUGAGCUCUGAAGGGUCUGAAGUGGUUUUAGCUACAUCAAGUGAUGAAAAACACCCACCUGAAAAUAUCAUUGAUGGGAAUCCAGAAACAUUUUGGACCACCACAGGAAUGUUUCCCCAGGAGUUCAUUAUAUGUUUUCACAAACAUGUAAAGGUUGAAAAACUUAUAAUCCAAAGUUACUUAGUGCGGACCUUGAAGAUUGAAAAGACCAAAUCUAAAGAGCCUGUCGAUUUUGAGCGAUGGAUUGAAAGGGAUUUUGUACACACAGAGGGUCAGCUUCAAAAUGAAGAAAUUUUGGUUCAUGAUGGCUACUGUACUUACUUGAGAUUCAUAAUUACAAAAGCCUUUGAUCAUUUUAUAUCUGUGCAUUGUGUUUCUGCAGAGGGACUAGUAGUCUCAAAUCAUUCUUAGUAAUUAUAAUAAAAUACUCUUGCAUGAUUUUUAACAGUGUAUUUAUUUAAACAUGAAAUUGUCAUUAGUAGACUUUAUUAAAAGAUGUGUAUCA